GCAUUUUCUCGAGAGCAGACAAGAGUAACAGCACCAUAAUAACAUGGGUUUAGGCAAGAAUAAGGCAAUAUCAAGCGAAUUUACAGCCACGUAUACUUCAGCAUCUUUCACCUGAGAUGCGUGCAGUGAGCUUUCAGCCCUAUACUAUGUAACAAUAUGCGCAAGCAUUAAGAUUCCCGUAGUUCUGUUUAAACCCUAUUGGGCUCACUCCAUAUUUUUGCCUCGAUAAUCUAGGCCUCUAACAUGAAUACCUCGGGAAGGGCAUUGAGACUGGAUCUUCAAGGACUUUAUGAAUAAGACUUUAGUUGCAUUGUACCGACGAAAUUUCCGACGCUUGUAUUAAUGAUCUUGAAUAUAAGAAUGACUCCAUACCUAUGCCCUAGUCAUAGAAACAUUCCACGGAGCUUAAUCCCUUAUUCCGAUACCGUUUAUCCUUCCAGCUCACUAUGUCUUCUGUAAAUCAUCUAAGCGAGGACAAGUCUCUAACCAACCAUGCCGGGAGCCAACCCGCAGCAUCUGGCCAGAAUCCUGCGAUUUCCCCGGAGGAACCAAUUCACCCACGCCUCGAUGACUUUAUCAGAGAGCCACUUGAUUCUGGAAAUAGGAAUGUCAUGCUCCCCGACAGAAAUGCCAACGUGGACUUGGCCAUUAAAUAUUCCCAAGAGCGCAUGGAGAAAGACAUUGAAAAUACAGCUAAAGCGCUAGGUAAACCAGAAAGUCAGCAAUAGUAUCCCAUUUAACACAUUGACUACCUAGCAUCAGCUAACCAUAAAAUAAGCGGCUGACACCCCUGAAUCAGCUCAUCGGAGAGAUGGCUCAGACAAAUAAACACAUAUUGGAAUAAGAUAAGAACCAAUUUUCACUAUGGUUUCGUUCCGAAUCUCUUCCCAUUUGAUAUAUCUCUUAUAUACGAACUAUAAUAAAUGAUGAUACAUAUCGCAA